CUUGUCAAUUUGAAAAUGACAGUGACAAGUUUUUUCACUGGAAUAUACAAUAAACGUGUGUUUAUUUCUCUGAUUUUCGCAAACUGUGAUAACAUAAAGUAAGCGAUAGUUAAAAAGAUCAUCCACUAUGGGUCGUCGAAAGUCGAAAAGAAAGCCACCACCAAAACGCAAAGCUAUUGAGCCUCUUGAUCAACAAUUUAACUGUCCGUUUUGCAACCACGAAAAAUCUUGUGAAGUAAAAAUGGAUCGCGCAAGAAAUACGGCGCGCAUCCAAUGCCGGGUCUGUUUAGAAGAUUUUCAAACCACAACAAAUGUUUUAUCAGAACCUAUAGAUGUUUACAAUGAUUGGGUUGACGCCUGUGAAAGCGCUAAUUAGAUCUAAGGCCAUAUAUUGUAUAAUUAUGUAUUUUAAGGAUUGCAUUGAAUAUAUCUUGUGAGAAUGAUUUCAGCAUCAUUGAUAUUAUUUUUAUGUUAUUAAUGGAUAUUUCCUAGAGUUAUUAAGUACUUGACUUAAAUAAAUCUUAAGUUUCCUGAA